AUGGUGUUCAAAUCAAUUUUCAUAGCUCUAAUUAUUUCCCUAAUUAUUUCAAUUUCUAAAUGUAAUCCACUAUCAACUAAAGGGUUGACCGUUGACCUAAUCCACAGAGACUCUCCUCAAUCUCCUUACUACAAUCCUUCUUUAUCUCCUAACCAACGUCUCGCAAAUGCGAUACGAAGAUCGUUCGAUCGUGCCCGUCGAUUUAAAUUGGACCCCAUCUCGCCAAAAUCACCCGAAUCGGAUUUAAUCCUCUCAAACGGAGAGUACCUAAUGGAAUACUCUGUCGGCACACCGCCAAUCCCUUCGUUAGCCAUCGCUGACACGGGCAGUGACAUCACGUGGACGCAAUGCCAGCCGUGCACCGAAUGCUUCAAGCAAAAGUUACCCCUUUUCGACCCGAAAAAUUCCUCAACGUACAAAAAUAUCCCUUGCGAUACUAAAUACUGCAGUUCUUUCCGACGGACUUCUUGCAGCGACAAUAAUAAAAAUUGUAUUUAUUCCGCGGCUUACGGUGACGGCUCGUUCACAAACGGCGACCUCGCCACGGAUACUAUCACAUUAGACUCUAGCGACAACGAUGGCAAAAGCGUCGUUUCUUUUCCCGAUAUUAUAUUUGGAUGUGGAUUUAAAAACGGUGGGAUAUUCAACGGGGGCGAAUCGGGAAUUUUCGGUCUUGGAGGUGGGCCUGCCUCGCUCGUUAUGCAAUUAGGUCAAGGGAAAUUCUCUUAUUGCUUGGUGUCAACAUCAAAUAAUGAUAAUAAAUCGAGCUCGAGUAAAUUAAAUUUCGGGGCUAACGCGGACGUUUCGGGUAGUGGGGUGGCAACCACGCCCUUAGUCAAGAAAGUUCCGGAAACUUUCUACUAUUUGACGUUGGAAGGAAUUAGCGUCGGGAAUCAACGGCUGGAGUUCGGCGAUCCGACGGAUCGUGAAGACGGGAACAUUAUCAUCGACUCGGGGACGACGUUGACUUUUUUGCCGUUCGAAUUCUACUUGAGCUACAUGAACGCAAUCAAGAGCUAUAUUAAGUUGAAGCAGAUUGAGGACCCACAACAUGUGUUGACUUUGUGCUACCACUCGAAAACCGACAUAAAGAAUAUUCCUGAUGUGACAGUUCACUUUAGAGGGGCGGAUGUGAAGUUGAAGUACGAGAAUGUUUUUGUCAGGACGAGUGACGUGGCGGUGUGCUUGGCGGCUAGACCUGUGCCUGGGGCUGGCUAUUAUAUUUAUGGUAAUUUGGCACAAAUGGAUUUCCUUGUGGGGUAUGAUCUUGUGAAGAAAACGGUGUCGUUUAAGGCUGCUGAUUGUAGCAAAUGAUUAAUUAAUUAUGAUUUUAUUA